UUCAAUGACUUUUUAUUCUUUGUUGCUAUUUAUUUUUUUGCGCUAUCAAAAAUACCGAAACUAUAAUUUAUUUAAAAAUAAACUUAAAUCAAUUAAAUAUUAUAUUUAAUCACCUAAUUCAAUAUAAUGGACCAAGAUCUCCUAAAAGAUGAAUCCAAACUUGGCAAAAAACUGUCACUCAACUUUGCCGACAAAGACGAAAAAGAAAAUGCCAAAUUCAACGACGCUCGUCUUGUUGACAUCCUCCGAAACUAUCCGCUCCUUUACAACAAAUCUCUGGAAAGCUAUGGCGACCCAGACUACACUCAAUGGAUGUGGGGAGAGAUUGCCAAUGAAAUGAAUGAACCACAUCGCAAGACAACUCUCAAUUUGCCAUUCAAUUGGACAACUUGCCGAGACCAAUGGGAAGUUGUUAAGAAAUCGUUGAGGUAUUUAAGUAAUCCCGCUGCAAAAUCAUUUCGUUAUCCCAAACAAUUUAGAGAGUGUUUGGACUUUUUCCAAAACUAUAUUCGAGAUCGAAGUGAACCCACACACACAGACACUUCUCAAGAUCUUUUUCUAAACUUUUCCACUCUUUUGGAACAACUUCCUUUCGAGAAGCAAUUGCUUUUGGAAAAAGAAGUUCUCGAUUUGAUUCUUUCAAAUGAACUUGAGUUCUGUGCACCCAUGAUUGAUCCCGAUGCUGUGGAGGCACACGCUCGGGAAGAAUUUGGCAAAGUUAUUGGCUUACUUAUGCCGGAAGUUGAUGUGAAGACAGUUCAUAACGAACUCGCAACCGAACCUGAUACAGAAUUGAAUCUUUUCGACGAGAUCAUACAAAAGCCAGAAGAGAACACGUUUAAUGAAAAGCCAGUUAUUUUCUCGACACAACCGUCGGCGGCGGUGAUAGAUGCUAAGCCAGGAAUCGAAUUAAAUCGAGUUGUAACGCAAUAUGACUUUAAGAAUUUUAUUCGGGUUCCAUCGGAAACCGCCGUGGCCAUGGAAGUACCUGAAUUGCAAAACAACGUUCAUUAUUCAAUCCAAGAGGUAUCUGGGGUGGAAGAUAUCAUCGAAGAGGAUGGCGGAAUGGAAGACGACAAUAUCCAACCCGAUACUGAUAACACUCAAGAGCAACUUGUGAUGCAGGAAUGUGUCUUUCAGGAGGAUGACUUUAUGCAGGAGGAAGAUCUAAUAGAAGAAGUAAUCUCGGAAGGCGGUGGAAAGGAUAUGCCGGCAUUGAAUAUUAGCGAAAGCUUUGAGGUGCCGGUGAGUCGAUUGGAUUUUGAUGGUGUUUUGAAUGAAAUGUUAGAAUAAGAAUUAGAGAUUUGUAUUUAAAGAUGAAAGCAUAAUUGGACCAUUUUAUUUGAUUCAAAGUUGUAAGGUGAUUCCAAAAUAAAGAAAAAUGUUA